AUGCCUUUUCGGGAGAACCGAUCCCGCUGGGUGCCGGCGAUGGUCCCGCCUCUCCUAGCCUCUCCUCCGGGCGCGGCUGGAAGGGUCCGCGGAGCGGGGUGGGGCGGGGCGGGGCCGGGGUCGCUCCCGCUGCGGCAGAGAGUCCUGCCGAGGCAGAGGGUCCGGCCGAGGCAGAGGGUCCGGCCGAGGCAGAGGGUCCCGCUGCUGCAGAAGGUCCGGCCGAAGCAGAAAGUCCGGCCGAGGCACAGGGUCCCGCCGCUCCUCGCCGUCCUGGCCAUGCUGCCGGCGCGCCUCCGCCCGGGGCGGCUGCUGUCCGCCGCGCCGCUCCGCCCGCCCGCGCCGCGGGGAGCCGCGGCCGCCGGGGAUCCCGCCCGGAGCCCGGGCACCACCCGCGCUGAGCAGGCUCACAAGGUGGCUGCAAGUUACAAACCUUCGAAGUUUGACAAAAAAAUCCUCCUCUGGACUGGACGUUUCAAGACAGAAGAAGAGAUUCCUCUGAGGAUCCCGCCAGAGAUGAUAGACAAGGCAAGAAACAAAGCUCGAGUGAAAGCCUGUUACAUCAUGAUUGGGCUCUCAAUUAUUGCCUGUUUUGCGGUGAUUGCUUCAGCUAAGAAGGCUGCCGCACGUCAUGAAUCCUUAACGAGCCUGAACUUGGCAAAGAAGGCCAAGUGGCGGAAGGAGGCUGCGCUGGCCGCGGAGGCAAAGACCAAGUAACUCCGUCUGAAAUGCUCAAUGUCCUCGGAAAAGCAAAAUUAACUGCUGCUGAGAGCAAGUAGUGAGUGUCACCCCUAAAUGGACAACUGCAGUAUGCACACCCUAGAGCCAGUAAGGGCAGCCACAGCAUCACAAAAAAGAAAGAAAAAAUGACUUUCAUUAGGAAGAUAUUCAGGAUACUUGGUCCAUAUAAUUAAAACUAUUUAGAAUGUUUUGCAUAUGAUUAAAAGCAGUAAUUAGUUUUAAAGGGGAUGAGGUAGUUUCCUAAGAAUGUCAGGUACCUUUGGUUAGAUAACCACAAAAUAUUUACACCCAAGAAAUUUUCUGUCUGGUGACAGUGCAUAGUUUUUCAGUGCACAAAUUGCCACUUGAAAUUCACUGGCAUCAAUGCUGUAUUCAGAAUGGUAUUUGCAUUUUUUAGCUUUAAGAAGCAACACUUAUUGAAUCACUAAAUAAAUACAGUAAACAUCUGUAAAAUAGGUUUUAUUGGUUUCUGUAUGGUAUUUGGAGAUUUAACAUUCCAUAAUAUUGCAUACUACUAAUAUGUGUUCUGUUACAGUAAUGGGCCUUUGGCCUGGAUUUAAAGAUGCACUAUUACUAUCUGAAGUUCAUACAGGUAAUUUAGUUUUCCCACAUUAUAUAUGUAAGACAUUGUGCCAUAAGUAACUAGAAUUUCGCAUUCCAGAUUUCAGUGAAAUCUUGAGGUCACAGUUUAAGUCCACGUAUCCAUCUGCAGACCUAUUACAAAAAUCCUCAGCUGUACAAUUUUAAUAAAUUUAAACCUACUGAGAAUUAAUCAUGGAGGAAAGACAAUAGUGCAUCUUUACUAUUUUUUUUAAAGACAGGCCCAACAAUAAAUAGUUUCCAGUUGCAAACUUGUUCUACAGCAAACAUUUCUGUGCCAACAUUAUUACUAUUUUCUGAUUGCUGCUAGGAACAGUGUGUAAAGCAAAUACUAGAAAAUUAAAAAGCUGUAUGAACCAAUCCUCAGACAAAAGUGCAACGAUGAAAAAAUUAGAUAUGAUUCAGUGUAACAAGAGUAGGGAACUAUUAAAAAAAAUCUUAUGCUCUGCAUAGUUGCAUAGAUUAGCUAGUUAGUAUUCACAUUUAGGCAGAACAAAUGGUACCCUUUUAAUUAAACCCAAACCCCUGUAUUUUUAAACAGACUUUGUAACUGAUGGGGCACUUCAGAUUGCAUAUAAAAUGCCAAACUUAACAAGAUUUUCAUAUCACAGUUUUGUUUCUCUCUCCAUACUAGUUUCAUCUGUUUAGGUAUCAUCAUAAUCAUGUCCCUACCUGCAAACAAGUACACCGGAGCUGACCUUAAGUCAUAAUCUCUGGUUUCAUUUUGUUCAUUUAUGUGCUUCUAACAAAGCAUGAUAUAAGCCCAGUGAUAAAAUAGGAGAGACCAUCCUUUAAACAAUUUUCGUUAUUAUUUUUCAACAAUAUCAGAGUAAACCAAAUGUUGAGUUUAAAUAGAUUUUCAUCAUCCUAAGUCCAUCAAUUUUAGUUCCCUUUCAAAUUGUUCCAUUUAAAUGUAUCAGAGGCAUGAAAUAUAGUUUGCCUAAAUGUGUAAAGUGCAGUCACUAACUGUCCACAAGCUAGAAUAAUAUAUCCACACAACUGAAGACAUUCUUUCAAAACAAAUAUAAUACUUUAAAUCUCCCCUCUUUUCUUAAUUUUCAAGUCUUUCAAUUAAGAUUUUCAUAGUUCAGAUUUGGUUUAAAUAAGAGAGGCUUAUAAAUGUAGUUUUACAGGGUUCUCCAAAUAAAAAGCAGGCACAGCUGGUUGUUAUCAAAACAAGGUUGUUAGAAACAAAGGAAUACCCUGUUACCUGAAUAAUUUUCUUACACUAGAACACUGAAAUUCAGCAUUUGCUAGUAACCUUGGUAGAUUUCCAUGAUUGUUACCCUGUUCUUUGAUAGAUGGGGAGUGGGCAGAUCAUGGGAAAGAAUGAGGGUUGGUGUAUGAAAACCUAAAACUAUGAGAGUAAAAAGGGCGUAAGUACAAUCACCUAACAUUAUAUGAAAAUUUGGCAGCUGUACUCAAUAUUAU